AUGGCAAUGGCAAUGGCAUCAAAACCAGCUAUACGGUCCUUUCUAAGGUCGACAAAAUUCCCAUGUCCAUACGCUUCCGUUACCGCGCGACACUUUGCUCAUACGCCCUUCCGUGCAGAGUCCCGCCCCAACGCGCAGCCCACGAACCAUGAACGAACAACGCAUUUUGGAUUCGAAACUGUUGCAGAGGCCGAGAAGGAGGCUAGAGUGGCUGGAGUCUUCAGUAACGUUGCGACUUCUUAUGAUACGAUGAACGACUUCAUGUCUCUUGGAAUCCACCGAUUAUGGAAAGACUACUUCGUCCGCAGCAUCAACCCGGGAUCCUCCUCGUCCUCUCCCCCAUCAUCGGGCUGGAAAAUGCUGGAUAUUGCUGGCGGCACCGGCGACAUAGCAUUCAGGCUCCUCGACCACUGCACAAAUAUCAAUAACUCCCCUUCCUCCACCAUAACGAUCUCGGACAUAAACCCUGACAUGCUCGCUGAGGGGCGCAAACGCUCCCUCUCGACAUCCUACGCCCACUCCCCCCGGCUCUCGUUCCUCCUCGCCAAUGCAGAGGACCUACACACCGUUCCAAGCAACAGUAUAGACCUCUACACCGUCGCCUUCGGCAUCCGGAAUUUUACAAACAAGGACGCCGCGUUACGGGAAGCGUACCGUGUCUUGAAACCAGGGGGACUAUUUGCGUGUUUGGAGUUCAGCGGGGUGACGAAUCCGCUGCUGGAUGCCGUGUAUAAGAGGUGGAGUUUUGGGGCGAUUCCAUUAAUCGGACAGCUAGUUGCCGGGGAUAGGGCGAGUUACCAGUAUCUGGUGGAAAGUAUUGAGGAGUUCCCUAAGCAGGAGGAGUUUAGGAAUAUGAUUCAGACAGCGGGGUUUGUGGUUCCUGGGAAGGGGUGGGAAGAUUUGACAGCUGGGAUUGCGGCGAUUCAUAAAGGUAUUAAGCCUGUUGAGAAGUCGUAG